AUGAAGUUAAAUCUCGUUGUUCGAUAUAAUAGGCUAUAUAAAAGCCAAGGAUCUUCUGACUCAUUAUUACCUUUCGAGCAAAUACAAUCUACAGUUAACUACAACAUCUUUUCACAAAUCCAUGGAGCAGUCUGCGUAUUUUGGCGGUGGUCAAGUACAUGGUGGCAACGCGUCAGUCUACCUUGGUCGUGUAGGCGAUCCCCGAACAGGAGCAUAUGCUGCAAGAGCCUUCGGAGAGAAUAGAGUGC